UCUUUCUACUCGCCUUCGUGCUACCAUCACAACUACAGCCCAUCUCUUUAUAACGCUACACAAUCCACAGCUUUCAACUGCUCCAACAACGAAACUUCAACCCAGAAUCAGCGAUGGAAGAUAUACAGCACAGAAUUGUGAAUGUCAAUGGCUUAAACAUGCACGUGGCAGAGAAAGGCGAAGGUCCAGUCAUUCUCUUCAUUCACGGUUUUCCCGAACUGUGGUACUCCUGGCGGCAUCAGAUCAUCGCCUUGGCUUCCCUCGGCUACCGAGCCAUUGCUCCGGAUCUACGUGGCUUCGGUGACACUGACGCGCCGCCGUCUGUCUCGAGUUACACGUGUUUCCACGUGGUGGGGGACCUCAUUGGACUUCUCGACGUCGUUGCCUCUGAUCAGGAUAAGGUGUUCGUGGUGGGCCAUGAUUGGGGUGCUCUUAUUGCUUGGUACUUGUGCUUGUUUAGACCGGAUAAGGUCAAAGCUUUGGUCAACUUGAGUGUUGCGUUUAAUCCCUGGAACCCCAAGAGGAAGCCACUUGAGGGUUUGAAAGCUGUUUAUGGUGACGAUUAUUACAUGAUCAGAUUUCAGGAGCCUGGUGAGAUAGAAGCUGAGUUUGCCCAGAUUGGUACUGAGACAGUUGUCAAGGAAUUCUUUACAUACAGGACACCUGGUCCUCUUUUUCUGCCUACAGGUAAAGGAUUUGGACAUCCCCCAAAUGCUGAAAUUGUCUUACCCUCUUGGCUAUCAGAGGAUGAUGUUAAAUACUACACCAGCAAAUUUGAGAAAGGCUUUACAGGAGGAGUGAACUAUUACCGUAAUAUAAACGUGAACUGGGAACUUACAGCUCCUUGGGCCGGGAGUCAAAUAAAGGUUCCUGUUAAGUUCAUCGUGGGUGACCUGGACCUGACAUAUUAUAUGCCAGGAGUCAAGGAUUACAUACACAAAGGUGGGUUCAAGCGAGAUGUGCCAUUAUUGGAAGAAGUGAUUGUAAUGGAAGGUGUAGGUCACUUCAUUAAUGGAGAAAAGGCUGAUGCAAUCAGUGAGCACAUAUACAACUUUUUUCAGAAGUUCUGAUAUGUUAUUUGGUUUCUAGUAGAGUUUUCACUUCAUCUGGGUUGUUCUGCGGCAGUGCAACAGGAGUUGUUAAGUAUUUUAUCUCAAGCAUUAAUAAUUGUAUUUGGGUUGUUCUUCAGAGUUCAGAGUGCAAUGCUAGUUGUUUGAAAUAAGCCAUGGUGUGUAAUGGUGUAUGUUUCAAAAUCGUAUAAUAAGUAUGCCAUUGUUGUCAAGCAUUCUGAAUCUCUUGAAGAUUGUUAUGGACUGUUCUGGGCCGUAUUGAAAACCUCAAGUUAGGUUUUCUUUUGAUUGGGCCUCUGGAAAGCUUCUAUAAAUGGUUUAAAUUGGGCUUUA